GAAUGUCAUGGCCCAACUGAUUGAUGUAUUGAAAAUUAUGUCAAAACAUAAAUAAAUGAUGUAAAAGAUUAUAAACAAUACAAAACAUAACAAAAUGACCAUCGUUACCUAAAUAAUAUUGUUAUUGUUUACUCAAAAGGAGGAAGAAAAUUGGGGGUUGGAAAAGAAGCGUUUAAAAACAAUGCAUCCGAACACACAGGCGCAGACCAAUGUUUAUCAAAAUCCUUAUUUUGGUUAUCGUUUGCGGAGCCCUAUAUAAGUUGGUGGGGUCCCACGGCUGCGGCGCGUCGUGCCAGAGUCGCGCAGACGACUCUUCCACCAUCUGCCACUGCGCCUGCUCCACGUGCCCGUGCUCGCCGUUACAGGCUUUCGAGUUUAUACCAAAGACAUUGGAGGAUUAUUACAACCAAGGAAAAGAUCGCGUAAGGGAGUUCCAGCAACAGAUCCCGUCACUCACGCGACUGGUUACCGGCGCUCCAAGACGACCCACUCAAUCUACGGCUGAAGAAACAAACAGUGCACAAUACUCACCGAUCACGAUGACAUCGCCCUUAGUGAUUGACGAGUCCCAUCGAGCUUCGCACCACAAUUUCGAGCCCCCUUUCUGCACGCCGGAGGCCGAAAGAGGCCGUAGAGAAUAUAGACCUUCAACGAGCAAAAUAGGGGAACCCGCCAGGAUUCCGGCGACGUGCAAAAGAUGCAAGUCUAAAGGGAUGACUUGCAUGAGAUCCUGUCCCAGAGCUAAAAAUAAUGUUAACACUUCUAGCAAUACGGACUGAAGUUAGGCGAGUCUUAGCGCUACUUACACCAUUCCACUUACCCGGGGUUAACCGGUUAAAACGUUAACCCAGUGUCAAAUUCUACUGGUAAUCAUGGUAACACCAGGUUUAACCGGCUAACCCCGGGUUAGUGAAUGGUGCAAGUCACCCUUAGACAAGCAAGAACUUGCAUGCAAUUUACUUUACAUUGGCGACUAGGUACUAAAGUAAACGGCAUUAAAAACUUUAAUCAGAUACCGCAAUGUAAUGAAAAUUGCAUGCAAGUUCUUGAUAGUCUACGCUUCGCUUUAUUAUGUGUUCAUGAUGCUAUGAGUAGGUACGACUAGUUAUGACUGAUUUAAAGGCCAAGCCACACCGGAUGCGUAUGCGUAGACGUGCACGUGCACGUACGCGUCCCGAUGCGUUGUAUAAUACGAAAACUCAUACGAGAGGACACACCGCUUGCGUGACGUGUGCGUGACGUGCGCGUACGCGUGACUUGCACGCAACGCAGCUCCGACGAGACAAACCGGCUGCGUGCUGCGUGCACGCGUCCACGCACCGGAGCGGCAACGUCGCUUCGUUGCGUGCAGUGAUGACGUUGUGUUUAACUGCGUUCCCUAUGAGAGGGCGAACCGAGCAGGUUCGGACACGCACAGCUCGGUGCUGCAUAGGUGCUGUGCGUGUACACGCGCAGCUCGCUUGUAUUUAUUUACAACUCGGCCGGUGCGCGUGCUGGUUUUUAAUAUGGAUUCAGUGAUAAAAGAAAAACUAAUUAAUAUAUUCGUCAAUACGAAUGUAUAUUUACAACAUAUAGCACAAAGAUUCCAAAAAAAUACGUCUUAUAAAAAUUUGGCCUGUGGGAACAAAUCGAUGUUAGGUACUAAUAAUACUAUUGGAAAACAAGGUUGUUGUAUUGUGAACUUAAUAAUAAUAUUAUGUACUCUGAAUUAUCUCGAUUCAAAUAUGAGACAUUUUUUUCCUCUAAUUGCAAUGUCGGCAUUCUGUGAGCUGCUUCCAUUUGCAACAGGAGUAUAAUAGAAUAGAAUACCAUUUAUUUCAGUAUAAGUAACAGUAUAAUAACAUGAUGUACUGUCGCAGGAGUGUAUUUUAUUUUACUGCACGCAUGACCGAGCUGCAGCGUGCGCUUGCGUGACGUGUACAGCACACUGCGUGGCGUGCGCUGCGUGACGUGCGCGUCACCCGGUGUGACAGGGGUGCUGCGCACGUCUACGCUUACGUCGACGCACACGUGCUGCACACGCAGCCGGUGUGGCUCGGCCUUAAAUGGUUUCAACUGAACCCAAAAACGUACGGGAGCGAGCAUACAUGCAGCGCACUCUGUUUCAUGACGUAUUUGUUUAAUGAAAUUUCUGUGUCAGUAAGUAGUAUCAAGUUAAAAUAAACACGUAUUGUACUGUAA